ACCGCGCCAACUUAAAUGAAGUUCUGUUUUUCCGGAGCGAGGCGAGUCUCACUGAUCCAGAGCUGCCUCCUCGAGUUGUCCUACAAACAACUGCAAAAACGCUCCAGAAUGGAUACCGUCGCAGUUUCAAGUCGAAACUGCGCCAACAAGGGAAACAAGGAGAACGCUCAGCCUGCCCAUGGAAGCAUAUCCCUCAUCCCGAGAGAUAAAAAGCCUGUGGCUCCUUUUCAUGUGAAAAGCAACGAAAAAGGGGAGACCUCAGCAAAACAUGGCCCUCUUAAACCCAAGCCCAAACUGGGGGACACAAGGUCCACAUCUGGUGAUGCUCUAAAAAAGACAAAGACUGCACAGAAAGAUGGGAAACCAGCUGCUGCUUCUGAUGUCGCACGACGACAAACACUCAGCCGGGCCUUCCUCACAGAGCAGGCUGUGAAACACCAAAAAAUCGUUGCAGAAGUUCCAAAGCGGCCGGCUGCACCGCUGUCUUCCAGAUCGGCUCUUGGCAUGUACAAAGGAAAGAUUGUAGAGUCAAAGAUAGGAUCCAUUUGGAAGUCAACUGCUAGUCUGGACAGUGCAGACCUCAAACCAGUGGCGUCAAAAACCGAGAGACAAACUGUUCAGAAUGUGAAAAAAGUAAGGUCACAAUCUGUUUCUGACCUACCUGGACCUGGCACAAAAAAACCUGCUCCAACCGUGUCCAAGUCGGCGUUCAAUAGACCUCCACAGGUAUCCCGGCCUGCUGUCACCAGCCGCCCUCCUACAGGAUUCUACUCUGCUCGCCCUUCUACCAGAACUGUCCCAGCAACCAAAUCCAGAAACCCUGCCAUGACCGCCACCAAGGGAAGUGGCUCACUGAGCUCCAAGCCCAAGAUUCCAGUGAAAGACAAGGUCAACAAGCCUCCUGCCGCAAGCACCCUCAGUCAGUUCAGAUUAUCCGCGGAGACUGCUGAGGAAAAAAGAGCAAAACUGGCUGAGUGGCUGGCUGCCAAGGGCAAGACGUCCAAGAGACCGGCUAUGACAACAGCAGCACCUCCAAAACCCAACGGCCCCAAACCAGGAACCAAUCUGAAAUCCCAGCCUCGUGCUGAGCCUCGGCCUGCUGCACACCAACCAGACACACAGGAAGCAACGUUACCACCACGCAACCAAACUCCAAGGAUCCUCAACACCACACUGGAGCUGCUGGAAAACUCGGAUGAGGAUCUGUCCGUUGACCCACAGGAAAGUGUGGAUGAUAUUGUUGUGAACCUAUGUGAUGUUUUGGAGGCAAUGGCGACUCCCUCCAGAUGCAGUGAAAGUGAAUACUCACAGGUGACAGAAGAGUGUCAUGAUGUGACGGAGGACGUCAAAAUGAAGGAUGAAUCUGACGAAGAGGAGGUGAAUGACGCAGAAGAACGAGAUGAACAAAAAAACGAGACAGAUGACGAGGAAUUGGAGAGUGAUGAUGAUGAUGUGCUGGGGACCACACCACCGAUGGGAGAUGCUUCAGUAGUAAAAUACAGUGUGAAGACAACUCCAUACCUGCAAAGUGUCAAAAGGACGAUCGAAGGAGACGUCAGUUCAUCCAGGAGGAAGAGCAACAUCAAAGAUCUGAAGUUUCUGACACCCGUUCGUCGCUCCACGCGCAUUAAUCGCCAAUCCUCCCGCAUGCCAACGAUGCUGGCGGACCAUGACCCCUGUGUGUCAUCGCUGGCGGAGCUGGUGAAGCUGGAUGAUGACCCCAAUGCCUACAUUUACAGGAGAAACCCUGCUCUCCUAGACGAUCUGCCCGACCGGCCCAGACUGUGAGGAGGAGCUCUGUAUAUGUGUUACUAAAAAAAGAGACGGUUUGCUAAUGGACACUUAAUACUGAUGUUAAGAUGGUGUUACUAAUAUACAUUUGUUAAAGGAUUUUAACCAUAUUAAUAAUUUUAUUGUACUGUGGAAAACACUCAUGUCUAGUUAUUCUGCUUUGAAUGUAUUGUAAAGACUUUCCUCCAAUAGCUUUUUACUUCAAUGUAAAGUUGACACAUAUUGCAAAAUGUUCUACAAUAAAAGCAUUGCCUUAUUUAGGUCAUUUGUGCUUUCAUACUAGCCUUGUGAAUGUUGAUAAAUGUCUACUUUGUAGGCUGCUUAUUAAAUCUGUGG